UUCAGUUGACAUGAUACAUGUGGACCAUGUCUGAUCUUCCCAUGCAGGACCCUCUUGCUCUGAUGACAAAUACUAGUUACUGGGAAAUGAUGGGAUGGCCACCAGGGAUUUAACAAUAGGAAUAAUCUACGUUUCACAGACUAUAGUUGGUAUCCUGGGGAAUUUCUCUCUUCUUUACCGUUAUAUCUUCCUGUACUUCACUGAGCGCAAGUUAAGGUCCACAGACUUGAUUCUCAAGCACCUAACUGUCGUCAACUCCUUGGUCAUUCUCUCUAAAGGAAUUCCCCAGACAAUAGCAGCUUUUGGGUUCAAAGAUUUCCUCAACGAUUUUGGAUGCAAACUUGUUUUCUAUGUUUACAGAGUGACCAGGGGUGUGUCCAUUGGUAGCACCUGUCACUUGAGUAUCUUCCAGACCAUCACCAUUUGCCCCAGGAACUCCAGGUGGGCAGAGCUUAAGGUGAAAGCUCCCAAGUACAUUGUAUUCACCAUUUUUCUGUGCUGGAUCCUGCACAUGCUGUUAAAUAUCACUUUUCCUAUGUUUCUGACUAGCAAUUGGAGCAAAAACAACAUCACAAACAAAAAAGACUAUGGAUACUGUUCUUCUGUGUAUCAUGACAAAACUGCAAACUCAUUGUACACAUUAUUGUUAGCAUUCCCUGAUGUUGUGUGUGUGGGACUCAUGUUCUGGGCCAGUAGCUCCAUGGUUUUCAUCCUUCACAGACACAAGCAACGGGUCCAAAACAUUCAUAGGAACAAUGUCUCCCCGAAAUCCUCCCCUGAGACCAGAGCCACCCAAACCAUCCUUGUCCUUGUGAGCACAUUUGUGUCUAUUUACACCAUCUCCUCCAUCUUGAACAUUUGUCAGUCUGUUUUUACUCAUCCCAGUUGGUUGCUGGUGAACAUGGCUGUGCUAACUGCUGCAUGUUUUCCAACUGUCAGCCCCUUUGUCCUCAUGAGCCGUGACUCCCGUGUCUCCAGACUGUGCUUUGCCUGGAUGAGAAAGAAAAAAUCCCCUGAUCUUAUCAGAAAUACCUAA